AUGAUGUACAUUCCGCCGGUGAAGGAGUCACCGCCUCAAGACAUCGAUGAAGAAUAUCAUUGCGUGGAUAUUAUCACCGAACCCCCAGCAUUAACCCGUGUCUGUCCAUGUGCAUACAAGACAAAGCCAAUACUACCUGAGCCUACGGAGACUUAUUGCCUUCAAUUUAGAAGUAUCCCCCUUAAAACUGUUCGAUCUAGGGUUAUUACAAUUCGAAAUGUGUCAUCAAUAUCUGCGAAAAUAACAACUGCUGUCCGUAGAUGGUCACGAGUGCACAAGAAAACCAUUAACAUAGAUAAAUGGGCAAGCGAUGUUGAAGAGCCAGGAAUUGUCAUAGAAUGUGCAGCAUCACAGCGGAUCUUAUCACCAUGCGGUCAAGUAUAUAUCACCGUUAGUGUAUACGCUGAUUGCUGGGGCUUGUACCAUGACCAGGUGUUGAUAAAGAUUGAUCACUUGGACGCUUUGGUUUUGGACGUAUGGAUAGAAGUUGUAGGACCACCUUUGCACUUCCCUUUGCAAGGUCUAAACCAGGAUGAUGACACACCUGCUGUAUUGUGGAUGUCAAAAUCAGACCCGCAGCACGCGUUGCAUGUAUCGAACACCUCAAGAUGUAGUGUAAACAUACAUACGUACCUUAUCAACGAACACGAGUACCCUCAAGAUGAACUACCGUUCCGUUUAUACAUUCGAUUUUACGACGUUCUCCCACGCACUUGUCCUUGUGUCCCUGCAACAGAUUCGGGGUCAUACAUUGAAGAUUCUGAGAAGGAAAGCAGCUCAGUAUAUGUGGAAAUGGAUACGGAUAUCGAAUUGUUCCUCGCCCGGGAUUACGGCACGCAGGACCAUGCUUUUUAUACAGUCGAACCCAAAGAAUUUACAAUUGACGAAAACUCCAGCGCUGCUCCGCUUGUGACGCUGUCAAAUGAACCCGACCCACAACCAUCUUGUGGGAUUUUGAUGAGAAUACUACCAAUAGGUAAAACGCGGGGGCCUAACUGGUAUCGCCCGGAGCCUCCACCACUGAUCGUCCGUUUAAUGGCGAUUCCACGGUCGCCAAAGUUAUUAGUUCUUCCCACAAAAUUGCACAUUCAGAUCUGCGCUCUGGAUCUACCAGCGAAUGACAUACUCAGAAUAAGGAAACAUAUCCGAGUUAUGAACACCGGUUCAGGACGUCUUCAGACAUAUGCUGUUACUGAAAAGCCCUGGUGUCUCCGCAUUCCUCAAGAGCAGUGUUUUGCUAAAUGCAUAGGCUCAGGACUGGGAUCACAAACGCUUGAUUUAGUUUUAUUCCCUGGUAGUUCUACGGAGGUGGCGGUUGAAGUCGCACUAGUGACAAAAGAUAUGUGGCCGAAACCAGGAGAAGUAUAUGACUCCUAUAAGAAAGAUACAGCUGAACUAAAAUUCUUUGAUGAACAGAACAUCUUUUUAAUGUCUAUGCCUUUGCACUUGAACGUAGAAUUUCCGAAGUUACAAGUGGAGCCAAGUAAAAUCGACUUCGGUUACGUAAUGGACGGAGAUUAUAGGAAAACCUACUUCACGCUCAUGCAAACUAGUUCCACUAUAACGAUGGAAGUGGCAAUAGAAUGUUGUGGGGAUAAGGAGUACCGGAUAUGGCCGCCGAGAUUAACUCUUGCGCCUCGCACCCGAGAACGAGUCUACGUGCAAUUUAUUUCAAGAUGGCAGCUAUGGCCCGCAGAAUGCACAGUGCACAUACGUGCGCUCACCACGGCAGGCGUUUGGUGUAUGACUGUUGUGACGUUACACGCGCAGUCCACGCUCGAUCGCGCAACGCACCUACCCGCACACGACUAUACUGAUGAUUCACGCCUGUCUACGCAUUGA